AUGGCUACUGUACGACAGCGAUUUCUACUCACUACAGCAGCCUUUCUCCUCUUCUCCACAGCAACAGUUCGAGCAGACUGGGGUUCGGGCUUCGGUGGUCAUGGAUGGGGAGACGACAACGAUGAUAGACCCGGCUGUUGGUGGGGAGGGGGAGAUUGCGAUGGGGACGACGACGACGACGACGGCGAUGGCGAUGAUGAUGGUAGCACAACGAAUCCAGCCCAACUUGGUUUCACCUCAGAACAGAUCAAUGGUUACAAUCGAAUGAUUACCAUUCAUGCCGUGCUGGCUUGUCUUGUUUGGGUAUUCUUGAUUCCGCUCGGAGGUAUUCUAAUCCGCCUCGGCCUCAAGUCUCCAUGGAUUGUUCGUAUACACGCCCUCCUUCAGAGCAUUUCCUAUCUCAUCUACGUCGUGGCCGCGGCUCUGGGUAUCUACCUUGUCCGUGAACUUUCUCCUCGCUCUGGCGGCAUGUGGCAGGAUCCCCACACCAAAUUGGGCAUUGCUAUCCUUGCUCUUGCCUUCCUCCAGCCAAUACUCGGUAUCGUCCACCAUAGUCUGUUCAAGAGCCGGGCGGCAGCUGCGAAAGCAGGGACAAUAUCGAAGAGACCUGGACGUACAGUUCCUGGAUAUAUUCACCUAUGGCUCGGUCGUGCCCUGAUUGUCCUUGGUAUGAUUAAUGGAGGACUCGGUCUCAGGCUGGCUGCUCAAAGUCGUUUCGAGACCAACUCAAGAACCAAGACAAUUGCCUACUCUGUGGGAGCGGUGAUCAUGUUCCUGUUAUACCUGAUUUUCGUGGUUAAAGGUGAAAGAAGGCGAUCACUUGAGAGGAAACAGCAGUCACUUGAUGCGAGUAGAGGCGGUGUACCUCUUAUGGUAAGAGACAAUGGUGCUGCCAUGCCUCCUGGUUACCAUCAGCCACCAUCAUACGAUGAAUCUCAGGAAAGCAUUAGGAAGGAAGGUCAGACGACGGCGAGAUAUUCUUGA